AUGCAAAGGACACCACCUACCAAUACAGCAACUACUCGCUCACGUUCGAAACGGAAAAAAGAGGAGAAUACUCCGGAGAACCCUCUUGAGUUUGACCGUGAUGAUGACAACAUACCGCCCAAUGAAGACGAUGACGAGAACGAGGACAUGGACGAGGAACCUGAGGAAGAGUCACCAGAGUCCCUCAGCGCACAGUGCCAAMUGGCCGGYSAGUCUCUCCAAUACAAAAACCCUAAYCWGCUKCAGAGAUCGACYGCACAGAGACUUAUAUCAAARCUCUAUGCAUACUACUUGGCGGCUACUCGCCGAGCAGAUGAAGCCGAGGCAAAACUCUCCGUUACCGUCCMAAUGCAAGCUCAACUCAACGAACAAGGCGAGCAAAUCAAAGCCCUUACAGAGCUGAUUACAUCAACUGUUAUCCCUGCAAUCACCGGCUCGGCACCUACAACCAAGCCUAAGCCUACUGCUACCGGUCCGCCUACUUUCGCACAAAUCACGAAGCGACCGAAGAAGCCUAACACCAGAGACUACCCGUUAAUCGUUGAGCCCAAAUCCGAUCAACAGAAGGACUCCAACAAAACACACACCGACCUUCUAGACUUCGUUGAUCCAGAGUCCGAAGAGAUUUUCGUCAACCGCGUACGGAAGCGAAAAGAAGGCAAGGUCGUCAUUUCCGUCAACAACGCCAAGGACUUAGACCAUUUACGCGACACACUUAUCGCUUGUCCUGAAUUUUCCAGCAAUUAUACCGUCCGAGAACCCCGUCUUCGCGACCCGCGAAUGAUUAUAAGCGGUGUCCCCAAAGAAAUCACCGAUGAUGACAUUCUCGAACGUAUUUCAGAACAAGUAUUGAACGUCGAAGCAAGUCCAGCCUCAAUCGGCGCUCUCAAGACCGAAGUCCGAUUCAUCUUCCACACAAAGGAAAGAAACGACGAGAAAAACGUCGUCAUUCAAGUGUCACCCAAAUUACGUAACACCCUCAUACAAGCCGGCAAAGUCCAAAUCGAUUGGUCCUGUUGCCGCAUUAACGACUACAUUCUCGUGACUCGUUGUUUUAACUGUUGCGGUCUGGGCCACCGCUCACACAAAGACAAGGUCCGUACUUGUCCCAACGCCAUUGCCUGCUCGCUCUGUAAAGGCGAGCACACAUACAAAGAUUGUCCGUACAAGACCGAUGACACUAAACUCUGCUGCGUUAACUGUUCAGAGGCUAACAGAAAGGCCGGCAGCAACAACAUUGACGUCAAACACUCGGCCAUGUCUAAUGACUGCCCGAGUCUCAAGGCCUACAAACUAUCGGAGUUUCGUAGAACCCGAUAUGUUUAGAUCUACCGUCCACUACCCCCAUUGUCUAACAUAUCAUCGCCUUCUACAUCGCCAGCCACCUGACUACAAGAGCCAUAGGAUUCAGCCGCACUAUCCACCGAUCAUUUGCCGAUGUGCGUGCAGCCGAAACUCUGCAGCAACGGACGCCGCCGUCACUCAUCGCCCGGACACCUAAAGCGAUUACAUAAAGAAUUGGCACUUAACCGAACACCAUCUGACUUUCA